AUGCUCGACAACCACUCCAUCGACGCCGUCUACAUCGCACUGCCUCCCGCCUUACACUACGAAUGGGUUCUGAAGGCUAUCGAUGAAGAGCAUCACUUGCACGACAACAUUGCCAUUAUAUAUUAUAUGAUACCUCGGGAGAGAAUCCGUUUCGACGACGAGCUUGGCGGCGGUAAGAUGCUUGGUUUGGGAACAUGCUCCAUGUACGUGCUACGGUACCUCGCUGGCGCGGAGCCAGAAGAGUGCAUCGAGUGCAAGAUCCGGACCCGCCUCCUCCCCACGAGCUUUGUGACGAAGCCGCCGGUCUUUCCUUCCGCUUUCCCGGCGCAAUGUGACAUCCGUUAG